AUGGUGAACAGUCUCUGGUUCAAGUGGAAGAGCCUCCGACUGCCCUGGCGGCGAUCAUUUCUUGUCGGUCACGACCUCGCCGGCAACACUUUCUGGGAGUUCAAGGACGUUGCAAAUGCCACUCGAUUCAGACGUAUCGUGAAAUUCGACCCCAAGACGCAUUAUGGAGAUGUUCAAGUCACACCGCAAUGGCAUCAAUGGCUCCGAUAUGUUCGACAAGAUCCGCCAAGUCUCGAAGAACAACAGCAGGACUUGAUUCGCCAGGCGCAGAUCAAAGAGCUCGCUCGACUCGCCGAUGAACGCUGGGCAAGCAAGCCGUCCUUCCUUGACAAACCAAACACCCGACAGACACUGCCACCCACGGAAACAAGUGAGCCUACAGUGAACCCGGCGACCGAGUCUCGCCAAGAUGCCCCAGCACCCACUCCCUCAACGUCUACGCCCGAACCCACGGCCUCCAAACCGAAGCCCCUAAAGGAGGACCCAUGGGCGAAAGCGAACCCCGGCAAUCCAGGAGACACCUGGCAGCCCGAGUCAUGGACGCCUUCAUCGAAGCGGUGA